AUGGCCAAAUUUGCUUCUUCCGGUUCCGAUGCUGACACUGUCAACGAACGGGCGCUUAAGACGUUUAUUGCCCCGGAGCUCUACGCAAAAAGCAACCAAUUUCCCCGACAAACUAACAUCAAAACUCUCGACAUGAUGCAAAUGUCGUUUGGUAGCAAACCGAAUGCCAGCCAGCAGUUCAUUGACGUGGGCUGCGGGACGGGCGACUUCACUCGGCAAGAACUGCUGCCACGCUGUCAGCCCUGCCGCAGGAUUGUGGCCACCGACGUCUCCCGAGAAAUGCUGGAGUACGCCAGGGAGAACUUCGGGCAUCCGCAGAUCGCGUACGAGGUACAGGACAUCGAAAGCGACGUCUCGGAACUCGUGCAGAAGUACGGCAAGUUCGAUCGCGUCUACUCGUUCUUCGCCCUGCACUGGACGGAGGACCUCACUGCGGCCCUCCGCAACGUGGCAGACUUGAUGACCGACGACGGCGAGUGCCUGCUGGUGUUCCCGGCUCGUAUUACCCUGUACAGGGUGUGGAGGAAAAUUGUGGCGAUGGAUCGGUGGAAACAGUACAAAGCGGUCGUUGAGCGCUUCAUUCCGCCAAGCCAGGACAUCGAAGACAGGUCGGGCCUCACCUCAUACAUGCUGGGAGUCCUCGAGGGUUCCAACCUGAAUCCGCGCACGUGCCAGGUGCUGUCCGAAGACUUGAGUCACAUGCAUGUGGACAAAUACGUCCAGGUGGAACUCUCACUAGAUCCCAUUCUGCCAUUGCUGCCCGAAGGAUCGAAGACAGUAUUCAAGUCGGACGUGGCGGAAAUCAUCCGCAAGAUGUGGACUGAAAAACCAAGCGGGGGUCCGCAGUAUCUCAGUGACAUAUUUGUGGUUCACGCCCAAAAAUAUUUAAAAUAA